AUGAAGCUUCAUGAAUUACUGGUGGCUAUUCUCUUCAUCACGCAGAUUGGAAUUGGGUUUUUAGGGAAUUUCUUCCAACUAUGCCUUUACAUCUCAGCUUUUCACAGUGGUCACAGCCUAAGGCCAAUAGACUCUAUUUUUGUCAACUUGGCCUUGGCUAACUUGAAAGUGCUUCUGUCCAAAGGUGUCCCUCAAACAAUGUUCUAUUUGGGCUUGAAAAAUUUCCUUGAUCCUUUUUGUUGUAAAUUUAUUGUGUACCUUCAAAUUCUGUCCCGAAGUGUUUCCCUCAACAUCACCUGCCUCCUGAGUGCUUUUCAAGUCAUUACUAUCAAUCCCAGUAACUCCAGGUGGUCUGAACUCAAAGCCCAAGCUCCAAAGUACAUUGUCCAUUCUUGUAUCUUCUGCUGGUGCUUCAAUCUGUUGAUAAAUUUCACUAUGCUUGGGAUCAUGCAUAACUCAAGGUUUAUGAGUAACAACACAAGAUGGUGGCAUCUAGGAUAUUGUUCAGUUGGAAGUCCUAACUCAUUUAAUGCCUCAUUUCAUGUAAUGGUCUUCUCUCUUCCUGAUGUCAUUUGCAUGGCAUUCAUGAUCUGGGCCAGUGCCUAUCUGGUUUUUCUUCUGCGUAGCCACCAUCAGCAAGUCCAACAUAUUCACAGUCACAACAUUUCUCCCAGAAUGUUUCCUGAAAUAAAAGCCACCCAUGGAAUUCUUUUACUAGUGUGCACAUAUGUCUCCUUCUAUUCCAUUGAUUCCAUCUUGACAUUUUCCUCUUUUCAAUUUGGCAAAUAUGACUCUUUUCUCCUUCCCACUGCACAGUUCAUGGCUUCAUGUUUCCCAGCUAUUAGUCCCUUUCUCCUGAUAUCCUAUGAUUCCCAACUCCACAGAUACUAUUAUCAUCUAAGAUGCAAGAAAAAUUCUCAAUAA